GCGAGUAAGGACCUGCUCCUGGCGUUCUCCAGAGACUUCCUGAGCGGAGAGGGAAUUCUCCCCCGGCACCUCGGCUACCUCGGGCUGCCCGUGUCCCACGUCCAGAAGCCGCUGGACGAGUUCAACUUUGCCGUGAAGAAUCUGGCGGGGGACUUGAAAUGUGGCAUUCGUCUUGUGCGUGUGAUGGAGCUCCUCAUCCAGGACUGGAGUCUGUCGGCGAAGCUCCGCCUGCCGACCAUCAGCCGCCUGCAGAAGAUCCACAACGUGGACGUCGCUCUGCAAGUGCUCAAAAGCAGAAACGUCGACCUCAAGGACGAACAUGGAUCCAUCAUUGACUCCAGAGAUGUGGUUGAUGGACACAGAGAGAAGACGCUGGGUCUCCUGUGGAAGAUCAUCUUUGCAUUUCACGUGGAGGUGAUUUUGGACGAGGAGCAGCUGCGAGACGAGAUCGGCUUCCUGAGGAGAGCGCUGAGGACCAAACGGAGGCUGGUGUCCCUGAGGGCCGACCGGGGCCUUCAGCCGAGUCCCGUGAAGACGAGGUCGCCCUACGAGAACAGCAGCACCAAGAUCACCCUGCUGAUGGACUGGACCCGCGCCGUCUGUGACUUCUACGGUCUGAAG